AUGCCCAUUAAGCACCUGGACGUCUACCUCACGGAGAGAAAACAUCUGCAGACGCAUCCGCUGUCGGUGCUCUCAGAUUCGCGUCUAGGCAUCGAUGCUUCUUACUACUUGUCGCAGCUACUGGAGAAUCCGCCCUCACGAGAGUCCCUUUUGGCAGCCACUGGCGGUCUUCCACUUGCCCUGACCCAGCGUAUCGAGUCCGACCUGCGCGCACUCGAGAAACUUCACAUUAAGCCUGUGUUUGUAUUUCCUGGCCUCGUCCCGCAUCGGCGUUGGAAGCAGAAUCAGCACCUUAUGUACGAGCACAAUGAUGCAGUGAGAGAUAGGCGAGAGGCAUGGGCGAAGUACGAAGCUGGGCAGGAAGAGGCCGCGACUAAACUUUUUGAAGGCCGAAGUAAUUUGCAUCAGUGGGAUCUGUGGAAGAUGGUAUUGAGGAUUUUCAGGCAUCGAAACGUGGAGUUCAUGGUUGCACCUUAUAUUGCAUGGGCGCAGUUAAUUUACCUCCAGAGACAUCAGAAAUCAUACAUCCACGCUGUCUUUGGGCCGACAGAUACUCUUCUCUACCCCGGAGUUGACAAAGUCAUCACAUCCGUGGACCUUACGUCAACAAGCCCAUCAUUCUCCUACGUCUCCAAGCGAACCAUCCUCAGUGACCUCGGUGUAUCGGAAGACCAGUUCUUGGAUAUUGGAAUCCUCGUUGGGUUCGAUCACUCACCUCCCUUCCCCCCCACCGUUCACGAACAGGCCUUGAAGGCAACGGUGGACAUGGUCAAGUACUAUAAGUCAGGCCAUGCAGCUGUGUCUGCUUUUGCUGAGCAGCCACAAGUCAGAACAAUUCAGUAUCCAGAUCAUUACGCCCGCACGCGCUCAAUGAUUAAAUACUCAUUGAUACUGUCUUCUGAGGGUGCUGUCAUACCCCUUCCUCUCGCCAUCACGACACCUCCCCCUCAUGGACAUCAAAACCAUCACCCUCACCAUCCAACAGCUGCUGAUAUUCCCUCCGACUUGCAUGAGAUUUUCACGAACAGACUCCCAGACGAAAUCUAUUUUUACCUCUCGCGUGGACUAUUGGGCCCACAAGCUUUGGUGUGGUUGACAACAGGGCAGAUUAUCGAGAAUCCUCCGCUGGAUAACGGCGAGACCACAGAGUAUCGACGGUUCGUUAGAGAGGUUAUCACGGACGGGCAGACGGGUCCACGCGCUACUGCAUUGGCGUUAGUAUCCAGCGUUGCACACCAAUCUUGGGCGAGUAAGAAGAUCAACGGAUUCUUCUGGUUCGAACAGUCAAACGCGCCCCAGAAGCCAAUUUCCCAUACUGCACCUCAGACCACGCAGCUUGCCGAGCGCGUGGCAGGCUGGAAAGUACCAUAUGCGAUUGUUGAGGAAGAAUUGAGGAGACAAAACUCAUCCACUAUUGACUUUGCGUUGUGUCUUGGUGCCACGGUAUCGGACAAGCUCGCCACCCGGACGAAGGUCAAAAGCGGCCAGGCCGCGCCUUCGCUUGAGAAGAAAGAUGAAAUUGUGGCAAAUGUCAUAUGGCGAUUCCUGGAGUUGCGAGGUUUCCUGUUAAGCACGCACACACAUUCCCCCUUGGCCCGCGCGAUGCAUUCAGCGAUCAGGACAGCUCGUGUGAACGACAAGUUCCAGGAGCCGCUGUAUCUGUUCCUUGAAUUGGUCAGAGCGGGUGUCAUGCACGGCAACCUGUGGUCCGGACGAGCAUACAGCGGUGGGCCUAGUUUCGGUACCGACGAUGAGAAGUCGUGCAUGCUCUUGGUCAUGCGGGUGCUGAGCAUAGUACCACUUAACUUUAAGCCCCAGCCUUGGUCCGCGCCUCUGUCACGCGAAUUGCUCGUGUUUAACUCGUUUGUGCGAUCGCUCACACGGGCUCUGAGGACGCUAUUGGAGGUGACAUCUUUGAACAUGCUGCUUCGCCACGAUGCGACACGGCGAGAGGAGCUACUAGAUAUCAACCUGUCGCUUCCAUUUCAAUCGGAGGUAAACACGGGAUUUGGGGUUCUGGCAAAGGUAUACCUUGACGCGCUAACCCAUAUCAACAACCGCCAACGGGUGCGAGACCCCAAUGCGGAAGGUGUUCGGGAAGCCAAGCAGAUGGCGCUUGAAAUUUGUGAGGAGACCUUCCCUGGCGUCAAGGGCCCCAAGCUUGAGGUGGAGCGAGGCUUCCGAUUCUGGGAUGUGGCCCUGACUGCCAUGAGGCAGCUGCAUUCUGAAGAGCAUGUCCCGCGGGACUUGAUUGACCAGUUUGAAGCGGCCGAGGCGUGGCUGGCGCCGAUGAGGCCCUAA